AUGGAAAGAGUCAGAAAAACCUUCUUCGAUCCGCUCGCAUCGUCGAAGGCUCGCAUUCGCGAGAUCCUCGAGGAUCUUCCAGUCGGCUCUGCACACCCUUUUAGUCCUGAGCGUCUUCUUUUAUGUCGGACAGACAACGGUAUUGACGAAAUCGAUAUUUCUUCCUACCCGGAAGACUACUUUUUCAAUGCUGUCGAUCUGGGCGAGAUGGGCGAGACCCUUUUAAGACGUAUGGCUGGCUUCAAGUCUCACCUGAGGGUAUUCGAGGACUUCCAAAUCAUGCAAGCACCAGCCUCUACAUUCAAGAUCCCGAUAGUGUCGGACCAAAUCACAAUCUUAGCAGUCUCUGAAAGGACUCCGACCUACUACGAUUUCUGCUUCGCUGAUGCAUCAUAUAACGCAUGUUGCUGGCUUGCAAGAGACACAUUUCCCGGAAUCACUCACAGUGGUGAUAUUCUCAACGGACAGGAUCUUCUAGAUUAUGUCAAGAUCAACAUGGACACCCUCACAGAGGAAGAAAUCUGCGUGUUUAUUUCUGGCUACCAAUCUACCCUUAUAACAAGGUUCCUGGGGACCAACCCUGCAUUGCUUGUUGCCGAUCAUGUCGAUAAGGUUCUUUACAUCGUUCCGGUUCCACUCGAUGCAGCGACAAUUGGAGACGCGACCAUUUGUUGCCCACUGGUAAUUAAGCGGGAUGAAGGCUCCUUGAUCUGCUCUAUAUUGCCAAAGGCAACUACAGACCGUGGAAUGAUGUGUCACAGUAAUAAGUUGGUGAGCGCUUGCUUCCCGGAAGCAAUUCAGCGCGCCGACUUCACCAUCUCUGCUCCUCUAAUAGCUACCAGAAAAGCAAUCACAUUGAGCGACUCGGCCAACGAUGAAACAAGCUCGAACUCAGAAAUACUGUGCCAGAUCACCAAAGAAAAUGCGCUGUUUACCACCGAUUCGGCCACUCUCCCUUCCUUCUUUGAUUUAGAAAAUACACAAAUCAUACGUUUCGGGACUGGGUUAGAAUUCGAGCUGCCAGACAAAAAGCUUAUCCCAAAAACGCAGCCAUCCGCCGUUGUUUUGCCAUGCAUUUUUGGUUCCCAGCUUCAAGGCCCAGUUUUAUUGGCUACAGGAACAUGCCCUACAAAUGUUCCUUUCAUCGACGACAAUGCUAUCCAGAAUUAUUAUAAGCAACUGAAGAGUGCUGUAGUUAUUGUCGACGACCGAAUGACCGAUAAUGCCCGCAAUCUCGCCAGUAUAUACAGAAUCAACGCGCUCUUCAUCGUGCAGCUCAGUCCAGAAAACCAGCCCAAGAAUACCGACGAAAUCCUGGCGUUGAUGAACUCAGUAAACAUCAAUGCGGUGACAGCGCUUGCAGGGCCACAGUCCUUGGUCCUGAUUCAAAUCGCCGACAAGUAUUACUUCUACCGAGGCCUUGCUAAUCGGGCGCACAUUAACACGUCGCGAAUUAAAUUUGGCGCAGACGUGACAUCCAUUCUUGAAUCUGUAGGUGUGGAAUCCAUACUAGAUCCAAGAAUUGAGCGUAUGGCUACACUCGGCGAUGCAAAUCCGAUCAUAUUGCCCUCUUCAGGCCAAUUCGUUCAGCCUAAACAUCUUAAGAAGCUGUUCGAAGACCUUUCUGUCGACCAGGUCCAAGAUCUGGAAGAGGACAUAUCAGCAGCAGUUCCCCAACUACAAAUGAUUUUGAACCAAAAAGAUCUGCAGGAUCUCUCCAAGGUCUUAGUGUCUGCACUCUCAAUAAAGAUCAGCACCGUGGCGGCUCCAUUGAGGAACAGCUACACUAAGUUCUUAACCCAGGAGUACAACGCGGCAGACCCAGACUCAGCGAAGAAGAAGAACGAUAUGCUUGGGAGAUUGAGAAAGAUUACCAAGGAGAUGCAAGUGGCUCUCGAGCCACUGAUCUCAAGCUUGGCCAAUAUGAUAUCUUCUCAAACCACUUCGAAGCGAACACACGAUCUCAAGAGACUUGUUCGUCAAACCCAGAUUCAAGGUAAUGUCGAGGCUGUCAAGUCCAUGACUUUUGACACUCUGGCAGGAUACCUCGAAACAUAUGCGGGGGAUAUGGGUGUCAUGCUUCUGAAUAUUAAGACAACAUCCUACCACGGGCUCCUACGUAAUUUGAAAAGCCAAGCCAUCGAUGCAAGUCCAUGCUGCGAUCUCGACUCAAGAGUUUUACACCUCGAAGGAUUCGACGCAGGAAUCAUCAUAGAGCAGUCUCAGACCCACCAUGAUGGCCCACUUCAAAGCCAAGUCGGACCCUCGCAUCCAAUUUUGGCGUUGCCGUACCUGAGCCAAGGAUCGGGAACCGGAUCGAUGUUAGCCUGGGUCUGCUGGGAUGAAUUCGUGAACCUCAAAAGCCCUUACACUGUGAGAUGGAUGGAGAAGUGCAACGAACCACAUAUUGCUGCCCUAAGAAUUAUAAUGAGAUCCACCCUUAGUCAAGCAGUGGCGUCCAGAGAACAUGAGAUUCAAUCUAGCAGUCCAGAAACCGGUCAUCUCAUGAGCGCAUUGCUGAUGGCAGCCAUGGGGAAGCUCGCGGCGAUGCGGACGACUACGCCAGUUGUGUCAGAGGAAGCCGAGGAUACCGUCACAAGAUUGAUGCGAGGACUCUUCGGCAAUCUAUUGACAAUAGCAGGCUCAGGAGUGCGUCCUCUCAGCAUGGUCUGGCAGCUGUUUGGUCUAAUUCCGCAAUAUGACCUUCCCACAACUGACGUUGGGUGGAUCUGGUAUGAAACCGUGGUCUCUCUGUAUCCUUACACCGGCUGGCCUCUCAAGCAAUUCUACAACAAUCUGGAGAAGCUCCUUGACAAGGCCAUUGUCCGUGUUGUUACCAAGAACGAAGACAUGACUGCGGUCAAAUCAAGCCAUGCAGAUGAGAUGGUCAAGUUCUGCAAGCUUCGAAACAUUCAGCUCGACCAUUCUCGCACAAUUAUUACCGCGUUCAUGCGAAUGCUUACGAUGGAGAAUACCAAUAUCGCAGCCGUUGCAGCCCGUCUGCUUGGGGAGCUUCCGCACAAAUUAGAAAAGCAGAGUGGGGGCUACACCAAGAUGAUCAUGUAUCUGGAACAUCUCGCCAACGGAGGUGAACGGCGCGUCCACGAUGAUACUAUUGCCGCCAAUAUCUACACCACGCGCUCGGCUACAUUUAGCGAGCUCAAAGCCAAGGUAUCGGAAGCGUGCCAAAAUAAUGAAUGGGCCGAUGUGAAGCAUUUCUGCGAGGACAUUGUGUACAAACAAGCCGACAUCGCUUCUCUCUGGCAUAUCAAGCCUGCAUCCUUGAAAGUUCAAAGCAUGAGGGUGUACAAUGAUCUUCUGAACGCAGAUUUUGGAGACAACAUUGACGAAACUACCAAGACCAAUAAUCUAGAACUUACCAGACGAGUUCUGGGCGAUGCAGAAACACGCCGUGUUCCUUGGCAAGUUGGAAAGGAAGGACAAUAUGGCGAUUUAAUUGAGCCUCUUGAUGAGGCCUUCCUUCAUGAAAUCCUGACGGGAGAAAAGUCAACACCGCUCGCAGCCGUCGAUUCAGACGAGAAGCCCCGGACGGAGACAACGGCCAUGAGCAAAUCAAUUACAGAAGAUCAAUUCGCGCAGUUCAGUUCUUCGCUGCAGUCUAGCUUCAUCACCACGAUGCAGAGGAAACUUUCUGCCGAAGAUGUCUGCACGAUUAUUAAUGUCCCUGUUACUGCGAUGCGUGUUUUCAUCAAGGCUUUGAACCCAGAGUUUGUGUGGGAAGAUUUAGGGGAGAACUUCAAGGAAACGAUUCUGGGCUUGUUGAACAAUCGUUCAAAUCGGGCGGAGAGUCGGCCUACUAAGAAAUUGCUGGCGCUGGAGAUCGAUGAAGGAACGCUGCAGAUUGAAGGAUGA